GAAUUGGGACAAACUCACGCCGAGGCUUUGCCGGCAUGAUCGCGCACCAUUUGGCCAAGACCUUCACAAAGAUGAAAGUUGGGGUUGGCAUCCUGCAAGGCCACGACGAGCUGCCACUUCGGUCUACAUGCUUACCAGCUACAGCCUACGUGGGCAUCGGGGACAUCGGUCACAUUACCGAGCAUGUGAGUUCAAAGUGGCCUACUACACCGCUGUCGAUCGUCGCCUGCUCCAUUGGUGCAGCUCAUUUCACGCGCUGGGCCGGCCUGAACGCCAUGCAGCUCCAGCAGCACCGGGUGCAAGGUGCAGUCCUCGUUUGCCACGGCUACUCCUCUCGACAUGCCGCCGGGGCGGUGGAUGCCUCUGGCGCUGCGCCGGUCAUUCUCAAUGCCUACCGCGACAUCGUACGGAAGUGCGCUGAUUUGGAAGUCCUGGCGAAUAGCUUUCCUGGCUUCGAGCCCCAGAAGCUGAAGAGUGCCCGAAACCUCCGCGAGUGGGAUGAAGCUUUGCUCCCUGUAUAUGGCUUCACAGAGCAUGAGCAUGUCAUGGACGCCGUCGACACUACGCCGGCUAUGCUGGAGCAGCUCUCGAUUCCCGUAAUCUUCCUUGCAGCGGAGAACGAUCCUCUCACUCCGGCAACUCGCCUCCUGGAUGGCCAAGUGCACAAGCUCGUGAAGAACAGCGCCGUCAUUCACACAAGCCAUGGUUCUCACAUGGCUUGGUGGGAGGGGCCACCAUGGGCCAUGCAUCAGACAUGGGCGUGCUCCUUGAUGUCAGAGGCAGUCUCCGCCUUGACCGGUUUGCCGAUCCCAGCGACACCUUCUUCGCCAAGCGCAAGGAGCGAAUGUUUCAGCUACCAGGCACUUCGCAAGUGGUUUGGCAAGUGA